GGAGCUGGGACCGGCUGCAGGAAGGAAUGGCCGCAGGCCCGCAGGAGGAGGUGUGCGACCCCCCAGGCUGCUGGCCGAUGGCAGAUGAGGCUGUAGGGGGCGGGGGUCACCGACUGGGGCCUCUCCCAGGCUUGGACGCAGUAGCAGCCCUGAGCUCCUUCUGGAGGAUGCUCGAGGCCCGGCCCCUCAGGACGCAGGGCAGUGACGCUGCCGGUGCCGCUGCGGGGCGGGGGCUGCGGACGCAGCUUCCCUCCCUGACCGCAGCCACCGGGAGUUUGGGCUCCAUGGGGGAGAGAGCUGCUUACCAGCGCCUGGCUGGGGGAGAGGAGGGAUCACAGAGGCUAGGAGGCGGCAGCAUGCAGCCAGAGGAGGGCACAGGCUGGCUGCUGGAGCUGCUGUCCGAGGUGCAGCUGCAACAGUACUUCCUGCGGCUCCGAGACGACCUCAACAUCACCCGCCUGUCCCACUUUGAGUAUGUCAAGAAUGAGGACCUGGAGAAGAUUGGCAUGGGCCGGCCUGGCCAGCGGCGGCUGUGGGAGGCCGUGAAGAGGAGGAAGGCCUUAUGCAAACGGAAGUCGUGGAUGAGCAAGGUGUUCAGUGGAAAGCGACUGGAGGCUGAGUUCCCCACUCAACACUCUCAGAGCACCUUCCGGAAGACCUCUCCCAUCCCUGGGGUCCCAGCAGGGGAGGGGCCCCUGCAGAGCCUCACCUGCCUCAUUGGGGAGAAGGACCUGCGCCUCCUGGAGAAGCUGGGCGAUGGUUCCUUUGGCGUUGUGCGCAGAGGCGAGUGGGACGCGCCCUCAGGGAAGACGGUGAGUGUGGCUGUGAAGUGCCUGAAGCCCGACGUGCUGAGCCAGCCAGAAGCCAUGGACGACUUCAUCCGGGAGGUCAACGCCAUGCACUCGCUAGACCACCGAAACCUCAUUCGCCUGUACGGGGUGGUGCUUACGCCGCCCAUGAAGAUGGUGACAGAGCUGGCACCUCUGGGAUCGUUGUUGGACCGGCUACGUAAGCACCAGGGCCACUUCCUCCUGGGGACUCUGAGCCGCUACGCUGUGCAGGUGGCUGAGGGCAUGGGCUACCUGGAGUCCAAGCGCUUUAUUCACCGUGACCUGGCUGCCCGCAAUCUGCUGUUGGCUACCCGCGACUUGGUCAAGAUCGGGGACUUUGGGCUGAUGCGAGCGCUGCCCCAGAAUGACGACCAUUACGUCAUGCAGGAACAUCGCAAGGUGCCCUUCGCCUGGUGUGCCCCUGAGAGCCUGAAGACACGCACCUUCUCCCAUGCCAGCGACACCUGGAUGUUCGGGGUGACACUGUGGGAGAUGUUCACCUACGGCCAGGAGCCCUGGAUUGGCCUCAAUGGCAGUCAGAUCCUGCAUAAGAUCGACAAGGAGGGGGAGCGGCUGCCUCGGCCUGAGGACUGCCCCCAGGACAUCUACAAUGUCAUGGUCCAGUGCUGGGCUCACAAGCCAGAGGACAGACCUACCUUUGUGGCUCUGCGGGACUUCCUGCUGGAGGCCCAGCCCACUGACAUGCGGGCCCUUCAGGACUUUGAGGAGCCGGACAAGCUGCACAUCCAGAUGAAUGACGUCAUCACUGUCAUCGAGGGAAGGGCCGAGAACUACUGGUGGCGUGGUCAGAACACGCGGACGCUGUGUGUGGGGCCUUUCCCUCGCAAUGUGGUGACCUCCGUGGCUGGCCUGUCCGCCCAGGACAUCAGCCAGCCCCUGCAGAACAGCUUCAUCCACACGGGGCAUGGCGACAGCGACCCCCGCCACUGCUGGGGCUUCCCGGACAAGAUCGACGAGCUGUAUCUGGGAAACCCCAUGGACCCCCCGGACUUGCUGAGCGUGGAACUGAGCACCUCCCGGCCCACCCAGCAUCUAGGAAGGGUGAAAAGGGAGCCUCCACCUCGCCCACCUCAGCCUGCCUUCUUCACUCAGAGUAAGUGGGGCUGCUCCCGAAGCCUUGGCCCCCGCCCCCGCCCCCUCUCUCUCAGUCCUCUCCUGGAAGAACCAACCUAUGACCCUGUGAGUGAGGACCAAGACCCCCUGUCCAGUGACUUCAAGAGGCUGGGCCUGCGGAAGCCAGGCCUGUCCCGAGGGCUGUGGCUGGCAAAGCCCUCAGCGAGGGUGCCGGGCACCAAGGCCGGCCGAGGCAGCGGGGCUGAGGUCACACUCAUUGACUUUGGUGAGGAGCCUGUGGUCCCGGCCCUGCGGCCCUGCACACCCUCCCUGGCGCAGCUGGCCAUGGACGCCUGCUCUUUGCUAGACAAGACCCCGCCUCAGAGCCCCACGAGGGCGCUGCCCCGGCCCCUGCACCCUACGCCUGUGGUGGACUGGGACGCACGCCCGCUGCCGCCCCCGCCUGCCUAUGACGACGUGGCCCAGGAUGAGGAUGACUUUGAGGUCUGCUCCAUCAACAGCAGCCUGGUGGGCACGGGGGUGCCUGCUGGGCCCAGCCAGGGCGAGACCAACUACGCCUUUGUGCCUGAGCAGGCACGGCUGCCCCCUCCCCUGGAGGACAACCUGUUCCUCCUGCCCCAGGGUGGGGGCAAGCCACCCAGCUCUGCCCAGAUGGCGGAGAUCUUCCAGGCGCUGCAGCAGGAGUGCAUGCGGCAGCUGCAGGUUCCAGCCGGAUCCACGGCCUCCUCCCCCAGCCCGGGGGGUGACGACAAGCCCCAGGUGCCCCCCAGGGUGCCCAUCCCCCCUCGGCCAACGCGCCCGCACGUUGAGCUGUCUCCAGCCCCCUCAGGCGAGGAUGAGACCGGCCGGUGGCCUGGACCUGCCUCCCCUCCCCGGGUGCCUCCCCGGGAGCCCCUGUCCCCUCCAGGCUCGAGGACACCCAGCCCCCUGGUACCACCUGGCAGCUCCCCACUGCCGCUCCGGCUCUCAAGCUCACCUGGGAAGACCAUGCCCACCACCCAAAGCUUCGCCUCAGACCCCAAGUAUGCCACCCCGCAGGUGAUCCAGGCACCUGGCCCACGGGCUGGUCCCUGCAUCCUGCCCAUCGUCCGGGAUGGCAAGAAGGUCAGCAGCACCCACUAUUACUUGCUGCCUGAGCGCCCGUCCUACCUGGAGCGCUACCAGCGCUUCCUGCGUGAGGCCCAGAGCCCCGAGGAGCCAACACCCCUGCCUGUGCCCCUGCUGCUGCCCCCACCCAACACUCCAGCCCCUGCCGCCCCCACGGCCACCGUUCGGCCGAUGCCCCAGGCUGCCUCGGACCCCAAGGCCAACUUCUCCACCAACAACAGCAACCCAGGGGCCCGGCCACCAGCCCCGAGGGCCACUGCUCGGCCGCCACAGAGGGGCUGCGCUGGGGAUGGGCCAGAGGCGGGCCGGCUGGCAGACAAGGUCCAGAUGCUGCAGGCCACGGUGCAUGGGGUGACCACAGAGGAGUGCCAGGCGGCCCUGCAGAGCCACGGCUGGAGCGUGCAGAGGGCUGCCCAGUAUCUGAAGGUGGAGCAGCUCUUCGGGCUGGGUCUGCGGCCCAGAGGGGAGUGCCACAAAGUGCUGGAGAUGUUCGACUGGAACCUGGAGCAGGCCGGUUGCCACCUUCUGGGCUCCUGGGGCCCUGCCCACCACAAGCGCUGAGAUGCGUCAGGAGAGCCAGAGGGCCUGCCUGAAGGAAUCACCUGAGCCUGUCCGUCCACCAGGGGUGGGAGACGCCCCCAUCCAGGCCUGGAGGACCCGCUGCUCCCUGCUGCUCCUGGGACGGAGCAGGGCCAAACAAGGCGUUGGAGGCUGGGAGCCCUGCCCUGCCCGUCCCUCCCGUACCAGCGCUAUCCCUGCACACUUUGGCUCGGCCCUGGUGCCCCAGCCAAGAUGCAGGAAGGAGCCUGGUGAAGACAGGCCUAUGGGCUGCCCCAGCGGGCUGUGGGUAUGACCUGCCUCUGACUCCAGUCCUGGGCCAGGCCUGUGGCUGGAGUAGUGCCCCAGGCCCUGCCCUGGGUGACCAGACUGGGAGGAAACCAGGCUUGACCUGGACAAGGAAGAUGUGUUGGCCAGAGAGAGGCGGACCAGCACCCAGCGGGACCUCCUAGGAUUGGGCCCUCUUCCAGGGGGCCCCUGGCAGUCAGUUGGGGCGCCGGGCAGAAUGUGACUGGUGGCCUCACCAUGGACGUGAAAGGGACUUGGCUGGCCUCAGGAUCUUGUGCCUGGAAAUAGCCUGAGGUGGCUCAGGAAGUGGAGAAAGGGUGUCAGACCAUUCUCUGGCGAGGACCAGGGCCCAAGGCCCCAGGGCUGGAAGGAGACUGAGAGGCAGCCGCCCUGAGGGACAUGAGUGCUUCCUCUUCCACCCAACUUCCCCGUGCCAUUCCAUGUUUUCCCACCAGCCUGUGUCGGCAAAGCUGCUGCUCCAGCAUCCGGUACCUGCUUCUUCCAGAGAAAUAAAGUUAGUUCUAUUUUAUGUUA